GCGGAGGUUGGGCGUCUGGGUGCGUUGAGGACAAUGAACCUCGGCGUCAAUCAGCUGACGAGCCUGCCGGCGGAGAUCGGACAGCUCACGUCGCUGAGGGAGUUGGGGCUCGAAGGCAAUGAGCUGACGAGCGUGCCGGCGGAGAUCGGGCAGCUCACGGCGCUGGUGGAGCUGAAACUCGAAGACAACAUGCUGACGGAGUUGCCGGCGGAGAUCGGGCAGCUCAAGUCGCUGGUGGAGUUGAAACUCGAAGGCAAUGAGCUGACGAGCAUGCCGGCGGAGAUCGGGCAGCUCGCGUCACUGGUGGUGUCGAACCUCAAUUACAAUCAGCUGACGGAGUUGCCGGCGGAGAUCGGGCAGCUCAAGUCGCUGAGGGAGUUGAACCUCAGCAACAAUCAUCUGACGAUCCUGCCGGCGGAGAUCGGGCAGCUCACGUCGCUGGUGGAGUUGAAACUCGAAGGCAAUGAGCUGACGAGCGUGCCGGCGGAGAUCGGGCAGCUCGCGUCACUGGUGGAGUUGAAACUCGAAGACAACAUGCUGACGGAGUUGCCGGCGGAGAUCGGGCAGCUCAAGUCGCUGGUGGAGUUGAAACUCGAAGGCAAUGAGCUGACGAGCAUGCCGGCGGAGAUCGGGCAGCUCACGUCACUGGUGGUGUCGAACCUCAAUUACAAUCAGCUGACGGAGUUGCCGGCGGAGAUUGGGCAGCUCAAGUCGCUGAGGGAGUUGAACCUCAGCAACAAUCAGCUGACGAGCCUGCCGGCGGAGAUCGGGCAGCUCAAGUCGCUGGUGGAGUUGAAACUCGAAGACAACAUGCUGACGGAGUUGCCGGCGGAGAUCGGGCAGCUCAAGUCGCUGGUGGAGUUGAACCUCUACAACAAUAGGCUGACGAGCGUGCCGGCGGAGAUUGGGCAGCUCACGUCGCUGGUGGAGUUGAAACUCGAAGACAACAUGCUGACGGAGUUGCCGGCGGAGAUCGGGCAGCUCAAGUCGCUGAGGGAGUUGAAACUCUGGAACAAUAGGCUGACGAGCGUGCCGGCGGAGAUCGGGCAGCUCACGUCGCUGACGGAGUUGGACCUCAGGUGCAAUGAGCUGACGAGCGUGCCGGCGGAGAUCGGGCAGCUCACGUCGCUGACGGAGUUGGUCCUCCACAAAAAUCAGCUGACGAGCUUGCCGGCGGAGAUC